GUCACAUCAGUGUUUUAUAUUUAUUUUUUUACGUCCCGGAGACCCGGACAAAGACGAGUUCGUCAGCGCGCCUCAUUGCCGUUUCACAAACGCAUUGCCACAUUUGUUGAUCCGUGAUGUAAUCGUUAUAAAAUUUUAUUUUGUGUCUCAUUCCUCGUCAAAAACACGUAGGCCCCCUAUAAAGUUAGGCUACAUUGCGGUUUCAUAUUUUUCUGUGGUAGCUAUGAAAAACGUGAUAAUGGUGGCUGAAAAUCAGCUCAAAAACUGCAAAGUGGCAGUGUCUAACGACAUGAAUAGCAAAACUGAAAAUCAAACUGUCUCAGAUGGAUCUGAUAAAAAGCAAACUGCAGAGAAGAGACCAGAUUAUGCUGAUGACGCUAAUAAUACUAAAUUGGAGAUAGGAGAACAUUAUAUGGUUCAAAGAGGAGAUGCAUUACAUGGGGCCGAGUUACUUCAGCGCCGCUACAAUGAAUCAAAUCGAGAGUUUGAGUUCUAUGUCCACUAUGCCAACCUCAACAGACGGCUGGAUGAAUGGGUCCCACGUCAAAGAAUUGGGCAACCAUUUGACAGUGGAUCAGAGAAUGGACUAGGCUGUGGCAUAACUGAUCUACUACAUGACCAGCCAGGAGGUAGAAAAAUCACCAGAAAUCAGAAACGCAAGCAUGAUGAGAUUAAUCAUGUGCAGAAGACAUAUGCUGACAUGGAUCCAACUACAGCGGCUCUUGAGAAAGAACACGAGGCAAUCACCAAAGUCAAAUAUAUAAACAAAAUACAAAUGGGAAGACAUGAAAUAGACACUUGGUAUUUCAGUCCUUUCCCGGAAGAAUACGGCAAGGCGCCAUGUCUGUACAUAUGCCAGUACUGCCUCAAGUACAUGAGACUUGAGAAAACCUACAGAUAUCACUUGAGCGAGUGUACAAUGCGCCAGCCGCCUGGCAAUGAAAUCUACCGGAAAGGAACCCUGUCUGUCUACGAGGUGGACGGCUCAGAAUAUAAGAUUUACUGCCAGAACUUGUGUCUCUUGGCCAAACUCUUCCUGGACCAUAAAACUCUGUACUUUGACGUCGAUCCCUUCCUCUUCUACGUUCUUUGUGAAGUGGAUAAGCAAGGGGCUCAUCUUGUUGGAUAUUUUUCCAAAGAAAAAGAAUCGCCUGAAAACAACAAUGUUGCCUGCAUCUUGACGCUUCCACCGUAUCAACGCAAAGGCUACGGGAAACUUCUGAUUGCUUUCAGCUACGAACUGAGCAAGUUAGAAGGCUGCGUUGGGAGCCCUGAGAAGCCGCUCUCAGACCUGGGCAAGCUCUCCUACAGAUCUUAUUGGACGUAUGUUCUUCUGGAGAUCAUGCGUGGCUACAAAGGAACACUCUCCAUCAAAGAUCUCAGCCAUAUGACGAGCUUUACCCAGCAAGACAUCAUCUCAACGCUGCAAUGCUUGAACUUGGUCAAGUAUUGGAAGGGGCAACACGUAAUCUGCGUCACUCCCAAGCUGGUCGAGGAGUAUAUCAACAGCCCUCAGUAUAACCGACCCAGACUCACUGUUGACCCCAGUGCGCUGAGGUGGGCGCCGCCGAAGAAAGUUACCAGCCAGAAGAAGAAGUAGAAUAUUCUUCUUGUGGCUGGUGAUGCUGUUGUUCUACAUAGCCCUCACACCAUCACUCUCAUCUGUCUGCUAAGUCUGCUUCUAAAGACUAACUGGACGUCUGUUUGAUCUCGUAAUUUACUUCCCUUUCGACUGGAUAAAUUUAGGUGUUCAAAUGUACUCAUGACGUUUUUUUUACUAUACUAAUUUACUGUACUGCUCGAAAAAUCUCUUUCGUCGGAGUUACUCAACUGCUUGCGCAAUAUUGGUACCUCUGUAGAAAGAUAGCAUAUUAUGACGACUGCAUCAAUUUUCGUCUGUGACGUUCCUCUGUGAAGCUAAAAUCUUCUGCUAGUAUCCACUUUGCCGCGUGGGAGUUAGACUAAAUAAAUAAACGUGUUGAAGACUCGAGUGCUUAAUGAAACUCUCUUGUCUUCAUUCACUCGAAGAUUAAGGAUACUCGUGUUUGUAUCUAUUAUUUCCUUGAUAAGUACGUAUCUAGUUGUAAACUACUGACUUAGCUUUGAAAAUGCGUAUUUUUAUUUCUGCUUCUGGGUUGUUCGUUGUGGUGAGCUAUAAUUCAUUCACUACUGAGCGGACUUGUAAGCAAAUUUCGACUUCUCCUAAUUGAAAUUUCUACUUUUACUGUACUACUUCGACAUUAAUUGUACUGUUCACUAAAAAAAUUAUUAUAGGCCUGAAAUUUGAAAGCGUGGCUGAGGCUUCCAAAUUUCAGAUCACGUUAUUGUACGCCGCUGCCAAUGAUGAGUCUAUUUUCACCCUCAACCACCGCGGUCGUAGAUCUCUUUUAUCCGCGACCAUGCGACUCAAUAACGAUUUAUAUGAUUGAAAAAUUCAAAAUAAAUCUAAAUAUUCUCCUGUUACUUUAACAUGCCUCUGGGAUUCCAUAUUAUUCGAUUUGCGUUGAUAUAGUAGCGUAUAAGAAAAUGUAAUUUUCAUGCUAUUUUGCACCUAAACUCGCAUACGCCCGUGUAGUAUGCAGAUGACAUGAGGUUAACAAUCUUAGUUUCGGGCUUAUAUAAAGUGUAUGAAAUUAUUUCAGUCCUUUUACUGUCGCUAACAUAUCUCGUUUCAUAGACUCGAUAUUUUAUUUCCCUACCAUUCCUCUUGCUUUUGGUUUCUUGAUUCAAAAAAUACUUCAGAAACAAGCUGUCGUGUUUGUUUCAGAAGCUUUUGCCAAUCAAUGUUUAGCCUAAAUAAUGAAGUUGUUUAAAUGUUCAACGCCCUUGGAGCAGCAAAGAAACGCAUGAGUAUUGAA